CUGCCGGGAUGGACAGUGCUGCCAGUGCCGCGACGUGGUGCGGACAAAGGACUAGUGUAGGAUAUAUGACUAUACACAUCCAUACACACGUCUAUAUACACCUAUAUAAAUAGUUUGUGUGUGCGCGAAACGAGGUAAAUCACCCCAGGAAGGAUGUAAGAGGCGCUCGUUUCGAAGGUCAGUGAAAUUUCAACUCAGGUGAAGUGAAACGCAGAAAUGUACGAUUUAUUCUCUAUGUCAUGUUUAUGGUGAAGCCACGACAAGCAUCUUCAAGCUUCCUCACCUGAACAGGUUUCGCCGUGGUGUUGGAGUCGAGAUGGUGAAGCAGGAUGGCUGGUUACUGUACACACUGGAUCCUUCCAGCAGCAGCGCUCUGGGUCCUCUGCGCUCUCUCUGUCCUGGGAGCCGUGGUCAGCGCACAGUCACUCUCAGCGGCAGCUGGUGCGUACGGCGACUCCGCGACGACCACUGCGCAGGAUGCUUCAGUGGUGGCCACUGUGCAGGAUGUCAUAGCGAAGACAACUGGGCAGAAUGUCUACACGACGACCACUGGACAAGAUGUCUUCACGAUGCCCACUGCGCAGGAUGUCUCUAUGAACACCGCACGGGAUGUCUCGAGGAUGAGCACUGGGCAGGAUGUCUUGCCAGUGGCCACUGCGCACAACCCAUUGACUAUGACAGCAACGAUUACCGGGGAUAUUAUUCUCAUGUUUGGCAGUGUAAACAACGCUUCAUCAGCAGCCGCUGUACACUUAACUCCCACGAUGGUCAAUAUCUCCACUCUGGAAGAUUCUCUCACCGCUCCACUUUCUGCAGUUACAGAUGGUCGUUGGCCGGAGCCUCAACUGGCGUUAAAACUACCUCCUUUACCUCCUGACACACUGAGUGACCCGGGGAUAGAUGAAAAUGAUCAUCUAGCAUCCUCUAACACAGCCAGUGAUGGAGAUGCUGAAUUAACAGAGAAAGAUACUAUUCCAGAUUUUCCCUCUGGGCCAUCGCCAUAUGUGGCUGCGAGAACUACGUUAAGAAAAACUGGUUGGAAUCUUUUUGAUACAAGAGAAGAAUCAGAAUCUUUCAAAGCAAGUAACACUAAAACAGCGAGUAGGGGUAGGAAAUAUUUGGAUAAAAUCAUUCCAUCAUUUCGGGAUACUGAAACUUCAAAAUCAGAGGUGUCUGCAGUGCCACGACCACCAUCUCCCAAUCGUCUUUUAUUGUCGGCUGUCAAGAAUCAAGUGGUUCGCCGAUCAGCUGCCGGAGACGUCCUGCCAUCAGUUCCCCUCCACCGCCACCGUCACCGCCACGGCAACCACCAUGGCAACCUCCACGGCAACUCAAGAGUGCCCUCUAGGCUCAAGGACCAGCCUGGUGAGUCACUGACAGGGAGACAGAACCAUUUCAGAAUACAACAAGAACUCGAGGAUGAUAUUGGAGAGGUGUUCAGGGAUGUAGCAUAUAGAGGCUCGUCAUCCAAGAGUUACCCACCAGUCAGACAGUAUAAGUUAAUGACAAUUCUGAGCAAUCCAGGAAGCAGCAGGAUUGAAAGAACGACAGUCCUCAGCAAGAAUCCACACUACGACUACAUGGCUGAUGGCAGAAGAGGCAUUUUGAUGCCGGUACAAAGAAAUAUAUCAGCUCCUGAUGUUCCAAGCUCAAAAAGUGAGUCUAGAAGCUCACGUCUUGAACCAGGAAGUGAUGCUCACUCAUACAGCAAUUCUAGCAGUAAGACUAAGAACAAAGACGGGACUUCGGUCAUUGAAAGAAUCCUUGAGCUUCAGGAAUACGAUCAUGAGCUGUAUGACUUGUAUGAAGGUCACUAUACUGACUCUUUCGAGGGAGAUGGGAAAUCAGAAAUUCCUAGAAGAGGCAACUUUGAGGAUAAUCAAACAUCAAUGCGAAAGUUUUCUGCUAGUCAAGGCUCCGGCGAGCCGAAGAAUGAAACACAGACAAAAAUGGAAAGAACCAAGAAAUCUGGCAUAUACAAACACGCAUCUCAGCUGUCUUGGUUUGAUGCUUUGCUAUGCAGCAAUAGAACCUUAGCCUGGAUAGUUGUCAACUUCACUCUUGGUCUGCUGCUCCUCGGCUUGAGUCUCUUGGCUGCCUUCCGUCUCUUGACUCUGAAGUCUUGUACACAUCUGCUCCCACGAACACACUUCGUGAGCAUCCAUUUACUUGUGUUCAUUGCUGCAUUCCUCAAGGCAUUAUACUUGUUCCACCUGGCUUAUGGGAGAAAGGAAAGACUUCCCCUUGUUCUUGUUCUCCUAUUAACCAAUACUGGUUUUCCUUCUUUCUCCUCCUCGUUUUUAAUCUUAAUGAUAAUGAUGUUUCUUACUGCUGAUGUACAUGUUUAUAAACCAAAGCUCUUUACUAUGCAUAAUAUAUCUAUCUUUGUUAUCAUGAAAUUUUCUCUCUGUUUUGUUGCAGAUAUUAUCGUUGGGUGUGCACAUAGUAAGAGUGUGUUAGUGUUGUCUAGAGUUAUGUUGAUUGCUAUCACUGUAGCUAUGAUUGUGUUUUAUGCUCGGAAGCACCAAAUGGUCCUGCAAGUGUCCCAGAUGUUGAAGAGGGAAUUCCAAGGGGAACUCAAGUUGCUGGUGGUUCCUUCAAAGGAUUUAUCACAGGAGAGACAAAUGGGAAUCAAGCACAUAUUGAGAAACCGUCUUAAUAUGUGGUGUAGGAUAAUGAAGCUCUCUGCUACAGCCCUCGCAGUUCUGUGUCUUGUUCACCUCUUUCACAUUGUUUUCCUCAUCAGCUCGAACGUACCUGCCUGGGGGUGGUGGACGUUCCACAUUUCUGGAUGUUUGGUUGAGUCUUUGUUGUGUCUCUCCAUCUGUAUGGCUGCAGCACUGACUCAGCGCUAUGAUGAAAAAGUAAGUUUCUUCUACAGUUUUAUGGUCCCUUCAUAUCUAAAGCGAAGUCACAAGGAAGGGGAAACCAAGGAGAGAAAUGGGAAUGUAAUAUACCAAAGAGUUUCCUUCUCCAGUGGAACUGAGAGUACUCAAUAUACCUCCUGCUUUCCCGAGACAGGAACCACAGGGUGUGAACCAAUCUCAAGAACUCCAAAAGCACCCAAAAGACGGGGUGUUACCGUCAAAAGAUCAGCUACAUUCAGCUACGGACCUCCACACCAGCCAGCAACUGGUGAUACAUACGGGCCUCCCAUAGCUCUUUCUCAAGUGUUGCGAGCAGGUUCAGCCUCCCAGAUCCCCAUGUAUAGGAAUGCUUCAGGUUCUCAUGUGUCUAUUUACGGUCCUAAUCUAGUCUCUCGAGUCCCCAUCUACAGUCCUCCCAGCUUUGCGUCCAUGCUUGUUCAUGAAGAUGGUUUUGUUAGGAUCAAAUCACAGUUGGAUCCCCUUCAAGGAAAAUCACAAUUACAUCACUCGCAGGGUACACGGCAUGAUCCUAAUAUUCAAGAGUUUAAUCCUCAAAUUCACGGCUGUCCUUUACAGCAACUUAAUGGUCUUGGGAGACAAGAAAGUUUUUACCAAAGCCUGUCUCGUAGAAGAAGAAACUCACGUUCUUCAGAUAUACAUAAUAACAUCGAUAGUCCUGAGAGUGAUUAUACUUCCUCUCCGGGCAGCAGAAGUGGCUACCAGUACUCUCCAAGUUUUCCAUCAUCAAUAGCACAAGGGAGGACAGAGUCAGACUACCAGAGUCUCUCUAGAAGGAGAAACAUCAGAGAUCCCAAUGUCCAGCAUCUUAACAACAUUGAGAAACAGGAGAAUAACUACCACAGUUUGCAGAGGAGGAAGGGAAGAAACAGCGGACACGAUCUCCAGCUACAGCACAUGAACAACCUGGACCGAGGUGAGAACGACUACCAUAGCCUCACGAGACGGCAGGUCUCUCAUGAGGACAACAACUAUCCUGGUGGUGACUGUGACUACCACCACACUGCGCAUGUUACUAGGAAGAGCUUUCGGGAGCCCAGAUUACCGUCUUUGAACCUUUAUGAUGAACAAGGUCUUUAUCGUCUGCCUUCCCAGCGUGGCAGUCCCUCGAUGCAACACAAAAUUUCCAAUUUUCCAGCCUCGCCUUCCGUCUCUACCGUCCACAACACCUUUAUGAGUGUCUCACCUGGAAGUUCAAGGAGAGAAGCACACUUUCCAAAGCCUUUCGUGCGCAUAGGCAGCAACGUAAGCCUUCAAACUGAAGACACCUACUGUCCUGACUACUUCGCCAGGGGCAAUCCUGUGAGGCGCAAUCAUUCCUCUGCGGGCUACUUUCCCUCCAGGAAUAGAGCCCCUCACAGUCCUUCCCUUACAGACGCCCUCAGAUACGGUUCUCUCAGGCUGGGAAUGACCAGGAAGCGCCAACCUGGCUAUAUCUUCAACACCAAUGCAAACAAGCUGUUUGAUCAGAACCGCGACAGGUAUCCAAAGAACUCUGAUGGGAAUGGCAGAGCAAGGGACUUCAAAGACAAAACCAAUGUGAAUGAAGGCACAGAGAGAGGACCGCUAGAGGAUUUGGACACAACACAAGCCACAAAUACAAGAGCGAGUCCAAGCACACACAGCCAAAGUCCAGGGACAAAAAGUGCGAGUUCGGACCAAGACUGGGCAUUAGAACUCAUCAAGAGCAGUUCCAUUUUGACGGAUUUUUACUCCCUCGAGGAGCCAGAAGAAGAGGACAGAGUACCAGAGGAGGACAAGACGUCGGGGAGUAAUAAGAAGCCGCAAGAGGCGGACAAGAUGCAAGGGAAAGAGGAAAUGCCAGAAAAGGAUGACAAAACGCCUGAAAGAAAACAAGAAAAUGAGCCAGUGAAAAAGGAGGACAAAAUGCCAGUGAAGGAGGAAAAGAUACCAGGAAAAGAAGAUAAAAUGCCAGGAAAAGAAGAUAAAAUGCCAGGAAAGGAGAACACAAUGCCAGGGAAGGAGAACACGACGCCAGGGAAGGAGAACACGACGCCAGGGAAGGAGAACACGACGCCAGGGAAGGAGCACAAGACACCAGAUAAAGAGAACAAGAUGCUAGCGAAGGAGGACAAGGCGCAAGAGCUGAGAAAAGCGUCCGAUGACGAAAAUUAACAAAUAAAACACAUGCUAAGCAAAAUUUCCAUAGUCUCGUAUCCAAAGAAAUAUUCUGUAAAGAAAAUUAGUGAAAGUGUACUGGAAUAUGUAGUAUGUGUGUGUGUGUGUGUGUGUGUGUGUGUGUGUGUGUGUGAACUAUGUAUAAGCGAUAGUAGCAAGAUGUACCUCUCUUCUUAACUAUUUAUGAGACAACAAGUGACACCAGAGUAUAAAACAAACACAGGUUUUCCCUCUUAUUCUUCUUUCCUCGAAGCCUUUUAUCCAUUCUGAGGC